GGCGGCCGGGACCGUUGGAGCGCGGCGGCGGCGGCUGAGGCGGCUGAGGCGGCCCGGCCGGCCCUGGAGCCCGAGAGCCGCGGCUGCCCCGGCACCGGCUCAGGUUGUCGUGUAAAUGUCUGAAGGAGGAAGUGAGCCCAGGAAAGUGGAAGUUGUCCUGAGAGACUUCUCAGUGUGAUUCAGAUGGGUUCAAUCAAAUGUCAGACGAGCUCAGAAGCCCAAAGCAAGGAAGUGCCAAAGCAGAUGGACACCAGUAACUUUUUCUGCCAGCACAGGAUGAUUGAGGAGAGUGGGAAGAGGAGGAGGACCAUGGCAGAGAAGAGGCAGCUGUUCAUGGAAAUGAGAGCCCAGAACUUCGACGUGAUCCGUCUCUCCACGUACAGAACCGCCUGCAAGCUGCGCUUCGUGCAGAAGAGGUGCAACCUUCACCUUGUUGAUAUCUGGAACAUGAUUGAAGCCUUCCGAGACAAUGGCCUUAACACCUUGGAUCACAGCACGGAGAUCAACGUGUCCCGGCUGGAAACCAUCAUUUCAUCCAUCUACUACCAGCUGAACAAGCGCCUGCCCUCCACCCACCAGAUCAGCGUGGAGCAGUCCAUCAGCCUGCUGCUCAACUUCAUGCUGGCAGCCUAUGACAGCGAGGGCCACGGGAAGCUGACGGUGUUCUCAGUGAAAGCCAUGCUGGCCACCAUGUGCGGGGGCAAGAUCCUGGACAAGCUCAGAUAUAUUUUCUCUCAGAUCUCAGAUUCCAACGGGCUGCUGGUUUUCCCCAAGUUUGAGCAGUUCCUGAGGGAGGUGCUGAAGCUGCCCACGGCCGUGUUCGAGGGGCCCUCCUUCGGCUACACGGAGCACUCGGUGCGCACCUGCUUCCCCCAGCAGAAGAAGGUGAUGCUCAACAUGUUCCUGGACACGCUGAUGGCCGACCCUCCUCCCCAGUGCCUUGUGUGGCUGCCCCUCAUGCACAGGCUGGCUCACGUUGAAAAUGUCUUCCACCCCGUGGAGUGCUCGUACUGCCACUGUGAGAGCAUGAUGGGCUUCAGGUACCGCUGCCAGCAGUGCCACAACUACCAGCUGUGCCAGUCCUGCUUCUGGAGGGGCCACGCCAGCGGCCCCCACAGCAACCAGCACCAGAUGAAGGAGCACUCCUCCUGGAAAUCCCCGGCCAAGAAGCUGAGCCACGCCAUCAGCAAAUCUCUGGGCUGCGUGCCCAGCAGGGACCCGCCCCGGCCGCUGUUCCCCGAGCAGCCCGAGAGACCCCUGGACCUGGCCCACAUCGUCCCCCCCAGGCCCGUGAGUAACAUGAACGAGGCCAUGGUGACCCACGCGUCCUCCGGAGCACCCACGCCAACCAAAAGGUGCCAGCAGAGCAGCAGCCCCGAGCCCUCCCGGGAGGAGCACGCCCUGAUUGCCACCUUUGUGAGCCGCCUGCGGAGCAGGGCACGUGCCCUGGACAGCCCUGGCCGGCUGGACGAGGAGCACCGGCUCAUCGCCCGCUACGCCGCACGCUUGGCCGCCGAGGCCGGCAAUGCUCCCCGCCCGGGCCCGGACCUGCCCUUCAGCUUCGAUGCCAACCGGCAGCAGAGGCAGCUGAUCGCGGAGCUGGAGAACAAGAACAGGGAGAUCCUGCAGGAGAUCCAGCGGCUGCGGCUGGAGCACGAGCAGGCCUCGCAGCCCACGCCCGAGAAGGCGCAGCAGAACCCGACCCUGCUGGCCGAGCUGCGCCUGCUGCGGCAGAGGAAGGAUGAGCUGGAGCAGAGGAUGUCAGCCCUGCAGGAGAGCAGACGAGAGCUGAUGGUGCAGCUGGAGGGGCUGAUGAAGCUGCUCAAAGAAGAAGAACAAAAGCAGGCAGCCCAGGCCGCGGGCUCGGCGCAGCCCUCGCCCACCCAUGGCCGCCCCGCCGUGCCCCCGCGCUCGGCCUCGGCUGGCUCCACGCCCACGCACACGGACACGCCGGCCGGACUCGGGGCCGACACCCUCGAGCCCUUCGGACAAGGUACGAGGAGGAACCUCCGCAACGACCUGCUGGUGGCAGCUGACUCCAUCACCAACACCAUGUCCUCGCUGGUGAAGGAGCUGCACUCAGCAGAGGAAGAGGACGAAGAAGAAACAGAGAAGCUGCAGAACGGGAAGGACCGAGGUUAGGAGGGGCCGCAGGCUGGACAGCAGCUCAGACCCUGACGGGGUUCCUGGUGCCGCAGGCUCGGAGGUUGCUCCUGCCGUCGAGGGACGUCUCCCCCCUCAGAAGAGGCAGUUCCAGGCAAUCCAUCACCAUCGUGCAACCGUGACCGAUCUCCACCGCUGCAGCUCCCCGACAGCAGCGGGAGCUGCCCCAGGACCUCGGCAGCGCUGCCCCUCAGGCCAUUGCAUGUCCCCUCGGUGUGACCAGACCUGUCCCACCCUCUCAGCCGCUCCCGGGAGGCCGAACAACCAAAAACCACCCGAAAGGACACUGCUGGUGGCUGUCCCCGCUCCGAAAGGACGCUGCUGGUGGCUGUCCCCGCUCCGAAAGGACGCUGCUGGUGGCUGUCCCCGCUCCGAAAGGACGCUGCUGGUGGCUGUCCCCGCUCCGAAAGGACACUGCUGGUGGCUGUCCCCGCUCCGAAAGGACGCUGCUGGUGGCUGUCCCCGCUCCGUGUGCCGCUCUGUUCCGCGCCGCUCGCUGCUCCCGGGUCUGUCCCGGAGCAGGGGCUGCAGCCCCCGGUCCUGGGGCACGGCACGAGGGGAUUCAGCUUUUAGGGACCCGCCUGGAGCCAGGAGAGAGGCCACGUCCUCCGGGGUGGGCCACCGGGCUCUGGUGCCGGGAAUUGAGGGGGGACCAGGCCAGGCCGAGAGGAGCAGCGGCAUCGGGAGCUGGGCUCAGUUUUGGUGGAAAUCAGGGAAAAAGGGAGCAGGGAUGGCAGCUCACCCUGCUCCAUCAGCUCCCAAAACACGGCCAGCAGCCCCGGGCAGCGGCGGUGCCGUUCCUGCGGGCUCGGGAAUGUCGGGUUUAGUGGAAGGAAAUGUCAUUUUUAGUGGAAGGAAACGUCAUUUUUAGUGGAAGGAAAUGUCAUUUUUAGUGGAAGGAAAUGUCGUUUUUAGUGGAAGGAGCCACGGC